AUGGCUUUCCUCUCCAACCUCAUCGAGCGCAUUCCCGAGGGGAUUAAACGCACUGAAGAUACCAUCAUCGGCCUGGUCAAUCCCAAUCGCCGCCAUAAUGAUCCCCAUGAGAAAAUGCACGACGAGAUCAGAGCCGAAAUCAACGCUUCUCAUCGUUUCGACAGCUUCGCCGACGAGCGAGCUCAGAACUUUGUCAAAUGGCACAUCGAUGGGCAUGAUUAUUUCUACGCACUUUCGGAGAUGCUUGAGAGCGCGAGGGAGUGUAUCUUCAUCCUAGAUUGGUGGCUUACUCCAGAACUGUACCUCCGCCGCCCCCCGGCGUACAAUGAGAAAUGGCGAUUGGAUCGAAUUUUGAAACGCAAAGCCGAGCAAGGCGUUAAGGUUUAUUGUGUGGUCUAUAAGGAGGUUACCCAAACCAUGAGCAUGAGCUCCUCUCACACCAAGAAAGCUUUAGAGGCUCUUCAUCCCAACAUUGCUUGCAUGCGGCACCCUGAUCACAUCGGGUCCAAAGAUAAUGUCGAGUUCUGGUCUCACCACGAAAAGGUCGUGGUCGUAGAUAACCAUCGGGCUUGCAUUGGCGGCCUUGACAUAUGUUUCGGGCGCUGGGACACUAACUACCACCCGCUGGCGGACGCUCACCCGACCAAUUUCUCCAAGACGCUAUUCCCUGGCCAGGACUACAACAAUGCGCGCAUCUCGGAUUUCCAGGACGUGUACAACUACGUGAGCGGCACUAUCUCGGUCGCUGAAAGCCCGAGGAUGCCCUGGCACGAUGUUCAUAUGACUCUUGCGGGGCCUGUUGUUUUGGAUAUUGUACAACACUUCGUAGAACGUUGGAACGAGGUUAAGACUAGGAAGUACAAGGAUGAUGUUCGCUAUGACUGGCUCGCUCUCCCUCACAAUGUGGAAGUGUCUCCGAACGAAGCUGUCGUCCGUCACCCUCACCGUGAACGAUGGCAUCAAAUGGGCAAACACUUCAAGCAACGCUUCCACCUACCUGAAGGGGAAGAUUACGAGGACCACAACUACGCCCGCCCGCCCCACGGCAACUGCCGCGUGCAGGUCGUGCGGAGUGUCUCCGACUGGAGCCACGGCGUGCUCACGGAGCACAGCAUCCAGAAUGCUUACAUUCAACUCAUCCGCGAGGCAAACCACUUCAUCUACAUCGAAAACCAAUUCUUCAUCUCCAACACGAAGGAAGAGGGCCCUGUCAAGAACCAAAUUGCCGCGGCUCUCGUGGAACGUAUUGUCAGAGCUGCUCGCGAUGGCAGGAAAUUCAAGGCAGGUUUGAUUGGUACACCUGUUUCUGCAUUUGCUCAUAUAUGCGGCUGCAAGGUGGUCGUGGUUAUCCCUGAGGUUCCCGCAUUCUCUGGCGACGUGAAGUCCGAGACAUCACUCAAGACAAUCAUGGCGGCCCAGUACCGCACGAUCAACCGCGGCGGAAACAGCAUCUACGAAGAGAUCCGCAAGGCAGGAUACGAACCGAUGGAUUACAUCCGAUUCUACCACCUUCGCGUCUAUGAUCGCAUCAACGCGCCGGCGGGAUACAUCGAGAGAAUGGAAGAAAUCAGCGGUGUCAAGUUCAACGCUGCGCAAGUGGCACUCGCCCGCCAGUGGGUUGGUGACUCGGCGGACGCUGAUGUCCCCAAGGAAGUGACCAUCAAGAUGCCCGAGGCCACCUCUGAGGGGAUCGUUGUAAGCGACAAAACCCCUGUCAAGACGGAGAAGUUCCCCUUGCCCGAGUCGAAAUCGGAGGCGGUCGAGAUCAUCGAGCGGUUCGAACGUGCAUCAGAGCAGAUCCGCGGCGACGAGGACGUUUCCGAUACCGUCGUCCAGCAUGCACUUCAAGACAACACGGGUCUGCGCGACGAGAAAUGGCUCGGAACAGAAGAAGAGGAGCUCAACGCUUACGUCUCAGAGCUGUCGUACAUCCACACGAAGCUGAUGAUUGUAGACGACCGGCGCGUUAUCAUGGGUUCCGCGAACCUCAACGACCGCAGUCAAAGGGGCGAUGGCGACUCUGAGAUCGCGCUCGUCGUGGAAGACGACGAUACCAUCGAGACCACGAUGGAUGGAGAGCCUUACGUCGCAAGCCGCUUUGCCGCCUCCCUCCGGCGAAAGCUCUACCGCCAGCAUCUCGGGCUUAUCCGCGCGGAGCUCUGCGAGCACCGGGAGCCCCAGGUCACCUCGUUCAUGCGCGCGGCGCCGCACCCGAACGACGACGAGCUCGACACCGACGAGGACCGGACGGUCGCGGACCCGCUCGCCCAGGAGACGAUCGACCUGUGGUGCACCACCGCGCGUCAGAACAGGGAGAUCUUCACCGAGAUCUUCCGCCCGGUGCCCACCAACCUGGUCCGCGACUGGAACGCGUACGACAACUACGUGCCCAAGGUCAAGACCGGCCACGUCGCGCCCGGCGUCCCUCUGGACCGGGUCAAGGACGGACUCGCGCGCGUGCGCGGCUCGCUGGUGGAAGCGCCUCUGGACUUCCUCAUCGAUGAGAAGGGCUUCGUCGAGGGCCCCGACUGGAAGGGCCUCAACCCUACCCUGCCGAUCUAUAUUUGAUCCACGUGCAUGAAGGGACGGAUUAGGCGAAGCCGAAUGAACGAAUGAACGAACGAAUGAAUGAACAUUAACCGAGUCAGUCGAGGAAUCUAAGCGCAAACGCGGUCGUUUGCAUGUUGUCUAGCGUGUUUUAAAUACGAAAGAUACGAUGUAACAAUAAAGCGUUAUUCACAAGCCACGUACGAAUCGAACGGGUUCGCGUAUAUAUAUCAUCCCGCCGAACAGACGAACAGGUGCGCGAGGUAGCCGAUUACCGUAACCGGCGAUCGCGAAGCUGGAAAACGAGCGAGAUCUAUCUAAGCAAAUGAUGUCUAUGUGGAGGGCGCGGGCGUCAGAUCGUGACAGUGAGAAGGCGUAGGCGUCAAGGCGGGGCUGGGGGCGUGGCGUGGUGCGGCGGAGCGAGAUGGGGGGUGUGUACAAGUGGGGAGAGUUAAAUUGAUCAUAAUGUCCAUGAUGUUCCCAAAACGAAUGAAGCCAAAAAACAAGCAAGCAAGCAAACAAACAACUAAACAAGCACAAGGACGGGACGCAAGCAUAUAAGGACAUGAUACAUGGAAGCAAGAGAUAAGCGUCUAGAGGUGUAAAUGUAGGGGAUGAGAUGACGGCGCGCAUAGGUCAGAGACUGAAGACGCCGCCGCGCCGCCUGCGCGACUGGAUGGGGUGCACGAGGACGAGAGAGAUGCCGAGGCCGACGGUGAGCCCGAUGGACACCGAGAUGAGCUGCAGCGCGGUCUGGAAGCCGGACACGUAGGACGUGGACACGCCCGACGUCUGCUGCGACGCGAACGUGAGCAGGCCGCCGUUGCC